GUCGACAUAAUCAACGUGGUUUUGGCCUUAAUUUUAUUAUUCUCAUUGGUUGAAAAAAAGGCGCCCAUGAGAAAAAUAAAAUUAAGCCCAAAACCACGUUGAUUAUGUCGACGCCAAAAAAGAAGUGAAGAUGUAAUUAUACGGAACCCGCUGUCGGAUUCAUCGACAAAUUUUGCACCUAGUACCCUAUUUUUAUCUAAUUUGGUUCAGCGCGGAGCAAGCACCAAAUUUUCUAAUGCAUUUUGUAGAAUACGUUCGCUCUACAAAACUCAGUGACUCAAGACAUUCUGAAGUUAAGUGUCUUGAAAUUAGAUUUUAAUAUGUUGGAGGAAUACUUCCUAUGGUUCACAGUACUUGUACUUUCAGUAAAAUUAACUUCACAACUUCUUGAAUCACUAAGUUUUGUAGAGCGAACAUUUUCCAUAAAAUGAGACGUCCCGAAGCUCUGACUGACUCUUUAUAAUAGUCGAGUUAUAAAAGGCCCGGAUGCUCGAACACCAGUUCUAGAACUGGUGCUUACGUAGUGGUAGUAUUGAAUGAAUGAAUGAAAUAUUGAAAUAUCUUUCAAAUGGAUUGCUAAGAGUCACGUCUAUUUAGCUACAUAAUAGUAAUUUUGUUCGUUCGAAAAUAGCUUUAUAGUAUCUAAAGUACUUCAAAGAGUUCAAACAUUGACAGGAAUUACUCCAACUUACUUUGUUUUCAAACUUUAUUUCUCUUCGCUCUUUGAUUAAACAUAAAUAUUCAGUCAUCCAUUGGUUUUUGUUUGUGAUUAUUUUUAGUGCGUAUUCAUUUUUAAAAAAGAGAAAAAAGACACCUAUUUGCCCUUUGAGAAAAUUGAGUAUACAUAGUGUGAACAUAAAAAAAGAAGAGAGAAGAUAAAACUAAACUGGCUGUGCACAUUCAAUUUUUCUCUUGGUGGAAAAAAAGAAAAAUAUAGUUCCUCUUAAACGAUACCAUACACGUCGAAGAAAAAUACAUGCGUUAGUACACAUUCCAAUGAUUACAAUUUAUAUUGUACGGACGAAUAUAUAAUCAUAAUCGUUUACAAGAUAACCGAAAGAGAUGAAAAAAUUUCGAAGACAAAUAAUUCUCACCGUGAAAUGUAAAAUAUUGAAAUAAUUGAGUCAUUGGUUUAACAAUAACAGAGUGAGUACAACCAUUCUUCAAAUAGCUCUAUGGACUCUUGAUCUUCGCGAAAUAAUGGGUAAUUUUUUUGUCAAUUCGGUCUUUUAGAGCUUGAAUAAAAUUAAUCAUGGUACAAACUUGGAGUCAGAUUCUUUUCUGGUUACUAACUAUUCAUUCACUAACUGUAAUCGCAACAAAUCAAACUCGAUUGAUACUAUUGGGUACUGGUGGCGGGUAAGUAUUUAUUUCUAUUUAUCUUUUACUGAAACUAUAACUAUAAUGAGACUUUAGACCAACGCCGAAAAGAAAUCGUAGUGCCUCAUCUCAAGUAAUCAUCGUCAAUAAUGUUUCCUACGUGAUUGACUGUGGAAAUGGCGUUGCCCGUCAGUUAGUAUUAGCAAAUGUUAAAUUCAACUCGAUUCGAAACAUUUUCAUUACGCAUCAUCACUCGGAUCAUAAUGCAGACUAUGGAAAUUUACUCUUACUAGCAUGGGCAACAGAUCUAAAUCAUCGUGUCGAUACUUAUGGACCUCGACCGUUGCGUAAGAUGACAAAAACGUUUUUGAAAUUGAAUGAAGAAGAUAUAAAAAUUCGUACAGGUGACGAAGGUCGUAUACCAUUGAAACCACUCAUUAAAGUGCAUGACCUGCCCAGCUGUAAUGGAUUUGUAAUGAAAGACGAAAACGUUCGAGUAACAGUCACUUUGGUUACACAUCCACCGUUCAAAACGGCAUUUGCGUAUCGAUUUGACACUGUAGAUAAUCGUUCAAUUGUCAUUUCCGGUGAUACAGCGCCCAGCGAGAAUUUGAUCACGCUUGCUAAAAAUGCCGAUAUUCUCGUUCAUGAAGUAAUGCAUUUACCAUCAAUUGAAAAAUUGAUUGAAACCGAACCCAAUUCUUCACGAUUGAAACAACAUUUACUCGCCAGUCACACAACAUGCGAACAAGUGGGAAAAAUAGCAAAGGCAGCUAAUGUAAAAACAUUAGUACUGUCUCAUUUUGUUCCUGGCGGUUAUCCAUUUGUCACGGAUGAGAUCUGGUUAAACGCAGUACGACCCUAUUUUCCUGGUGAAAUCAUUGUUGGCCACGAUCUAUUAGAACUUUGA